AUGGUGCAGAACUCGGUGCGCGGGCGGCUCUUUGGCGUUAGCGAUCACCUCAGAAGGAUGGCGAGGGGGUCGUCAAGGGAUGGAGGCGUCGGGCUAGUGAUUGAGUGUUGGAAGAUGCUCUUCAAUGUCGUCUACGAACACCUGAGCAACGGGAAAGCGAUGAGCAUCAGCGGGCUAGGAACGUUCUUCCCGUGUCUAGAAACAUCCAAAGACGUCGCUCUGGACCUAGACAGUGGCUUCCUCGCCAAGUGUCAGGUCUCUUACCGCAAGGAUGUUAAGAAGGUUCCUGCCGCCAUGGUCGCGCAUCCUGUUUCGUUCACCGAGAUUGCGAUGAAGUGCGACAUGAAAAGAGAUGUUGCUGCAGACAUUCUAGUCGGUCUGCUUGAGAGCGUGAAGGAGGAUGUAGCGAGGGGGGAGCUAACGGGGCUGGAUAUGUUUCCUGUAGGGGCACUUCUAUUCGAGAAUCGACAAGCACGUUUCCUAUCAGCGAAGCUGAAGGUCCAAGAGCAGCCUGCUCAAGAGCCGGCGAAGGCAGUGAAGAGAGAGACUAUCACUACUUCAGACAGGAGGCAGGAGGAGAUGAAGUACUGGUCCAUGUCAACUUCGGACAGGUCCAAGAUGGGGCAAACCAGCUUUCUGAUCCAGAGAAUGAAAGAUGCAAUCAGCAGACAGUUCUCGAGCAGUGAUGAUGUCUUUGCCUUCUUCACGAACGACAACUCGACGAUCACGGUAGAGCAGCUGAUCAGUGGGAUACGCAAGAUAGCCGACGUCGCUGACGAUGAGCUUGCAAGCUUCCGCAAGCAAGUGCAGAAGCAGCACGGGAGUGUCCUGCACAAAUCUGACUUUGAGAAGCUCUUGAACCUGGACAAGCUCUCGCAGAAGGAGCUGCUCUGCUUCAAAUGCAUCUAUGACGCCGUCUACAUAGCGAAAUCUACUCUCAAGGAGAUUUUUCAGCUGGCAGACAGAGAUGUUGAUGGCAAGGUCUCAUUGGAAGAACUUGCGGCAGUCAUGAGUGAGGUAGCGAGCAUCGACCGGACUGAGGUCAAACGAUCCCUCGACAUCCUGAGCAAGUCCUAUCUCGAGCGGCAGGGGCUCUCGUGGGACUUGAAGAGGAAGUGGAGCUAUGCCGAGCUUGCGAGCAUGUUGGAAGGUCAUACCCGCCCCUUCGACUGGGAGCAGGAGGUGCUGCUGCGCUGUCAGAGGUGGAUGGUGCAGCACGGAUACUCGCUGGAGCAGGCGUUCAGCUUGAUCGCAGGAGGGAGCAGGAGUGGGAUAAGCAGGAAGAGGUUUGGGGAGUGGAUCCUCCAGAUCGAUCCACUGCUGUACCUCGAGCAUGUUGACAGGAUCUUCAACAAGUUCAAGCUGGUUGAUGGCGAGGUCCGUGCUGUUCUGUGCAUAGAAUUUCAUCCUCGAUGUAUCUCAACUCUCAGUAUCAAGCGUAUCCGCAAGGCAGACUUCACUUCGAGGCUCAACGGCAUCGUCCUUCAGAUGCAGGAGAAGGCCUUCCGCUGGCUCGAAGACAAGCUGUUCGAGAAGAAGAAGACCCUGCAGGCACUGCUCAUCGAGUCUGACUUCAACCGAGACGGCAAGGUGUCGUCAGAGGAGUUCCUGCGCAUGGUGAAGAUGCUCGAUCGGUCGCUUUCGGAAGCAGAAGCGCGGGAGUUCGUCAAGGCCCUGACCCUCACAGAGCUGCAGGACAACGUAGACGUGCUGAAACUCCAGAAGAGGUUCGACCAUCACAACGUCCAGUCGUCUGAGGCGGACGCGAACUUGCUGGAGAGCAUCCAGAAGGCUCUGAUCAGUAGAAAGAUCUCCCCAAAGUCCUUCUUCGACAAGUUUGACCGCGACAGAGACAGCAGGCUCUCAGAGGUGGAGCUGACUGAAGGCCUUCAGUCCUUAGGAGUGAGCUGCUCGAAGCAUCAGGUCCGCAAGCUGAUGUACCUAACAGACAAGGACAGCAACGGGUUCCUGGACAUCGACGAGUUCGUCGGUCGAUUCGGGUUGGAGUCCGUCAAGAAGUCGGACAAGUUUGCUCAUCUGGCCACCAAGCUCUCCCUCUACCUCUCCAAGCUGGGCUACACGGGCGCGGAGCAAGUGUUCAAGAAGUUCGCCAAGCAAGACUUCAUUGGCUUCCAGGAGUUCAGGAGUCUGAUCCAGCACGCGCGAGUGAAGAUGAGCGUGGAGGAGGAGGACGUCAUGUGGAGGACCCUGGACGUGAACAACAGAGGAAGGCUCAACCUCCGCCAGUUCAUCUCCUCCAUGUCGGUAGGAGCCUUUAAGAUGUCCUCCUCUUCCCACCUCCGCGGCGACCAGGGCGGCAGCGCAGUGGACGCAGCGAGGAUGAUCAAGGACAUCGCCCAUGCUCGUAGGCAAACCAUCUCCGAUCUCUUCGUCAAGAUCGACAAGGACAAUGACGGGUACGUUGGGAUCGAGGACCUGGACAAGUUUGCCCCAGAAGUCGCUUCCUUCUCCCUCUCCUCCCAGCGUUCCAAGUCUAAGGCUGUCAAGGCUGAUGUAGCACAGCGAGACCUUGCGGGGCUGCUGCGGGGCACCAACAAGCUCUUCCUCGACCAGCACGAGUUCGUUCGGCUGAUCGAGAAGUUCGUUCCCAACGUCCCCGUGGAGCAGGCGAUCUUGUAUGUGCAAGAGCAGCUGUUGAAGACGGCCAAGGGAGCCAAGCUGAAGUCUGCGCCAGUCAAAGUCCACAAGAACGAGAUCCAAGACAUGCUGAGAGGAGGAGGGUUCGAUGCAGAGGCGUUCGAUCAGCUGCUGGACAUGCUGGGGAAAGAUCAUGAUGGAAACGUGGUUGUACCAACCAUCGUUCCCCUUGACUGGAGGGAAGUGAAGAGGCUGAUGCACCACAUCGGAACUUCGCUCAGCCGCAGGUUCGGCUCAGCUGAUGCACUCCUUCAGAAGCUCCCGCCACCAGCAGGCGCUACUGCGACCGCAGCACAGAACAAGUCCUACAACUUCGCGUCCAUGGUCGACCUGGUGGAAGACGGAGGCAUCAUGAACAAGAAGCAGCUUGCAGCAACUCACUGGGAUCAGAUCUGCGAGAGGCUCGGGGGCAAGUCGGGGACGAUGAGCGAGGAGACGAUACGGAACCUCAUGACGACUUAUGACUUCCGGAUAGAGCUGAUGAACGAACUCCAGGACGCGGUUUAUGACGGAGGGCACAGGCCAGAAGACCUGUUGAGGAAGAAGGAGUUCGGAAGGGACGACUUCUGCAACCUCUACUGCUCGCUGCUCAAGAGCAGGACCAUCUCCGAAGCUACCUUGCUCUUCGACUGGCUGACCAGCUCGCAGCGAUCGAAACACUCGUUGACCCGAGCGCAGCUAGUCAACCUGCUGUUCGGCUACGACAAGCCGCUCGACUGGGAGCGAGAGAAGCUGGCGGAGCUGUCGGUCGACAUCAGAGCCUCCUUCCGCACUGUUGACGAAUUCCUCAAGAUCCUCGAUUUGGACAAGGACGGAACUGUCUCCGUGAAAGAGCUGCAGAGCGGGUUCUCGAAUGUGAACAUGAGGCUGACGAAGCGAGACGUGCGGCUGCUCUUCCUUGCCAUCGACGAGGACGGCAGCGGCGACCUCGACGUCGAGGAGCUGAGAAAAGUCUUCUACGACGCCGAGUCGAAGGAGAGCAGGGGGGAGAGCAUCCAGGUGGGGAGGGACGACAGGAAGCGAGCCAUGGAAGAUCGAUGGGCCAGGCUUCGAAGGGUCCGCCUCGCAAGGCUGCUCGCCAACUUCUUCCCCGACGUCUCCAGCGCCUUCCGAGCCCUGCAGAACGCUGGCCCGGCGCUACGGAAUCAGCAAGGUGUCUCGGCCGCUCAGUUCACCAGCGGCUUCACGAGGAUAUUCGAGGAGGCCAAGAUAGCAGCUCCUAGCGCAGAGAAGCUGCUCCAGAUCUUCAAGGCGGCGGUGAAGGAUGCGCUGGUGAUGAGCUUCAGUCAGUUCGCCUCCUUGUUCUGGCAGGGCAGUAAGGAGGAGAGCAAGCAGCUGCUGCCCUCCCAGGGGCUCAAGAACGCAAUCGAGUCGAUGAAGCGCAAGGAACAGGCGAUCAUGAAGAGGCUGGAGGGGCAGGGGAGGAUCAGGCGGACGCAGCUCGUCGAGGUCCUCCAGGCCUGCGACCUCAAGUUUGACCAGGAGACUCUUCAACAGAUCCUUGACUUCGCAGGUCAGGGGCACGGGACGAUCGACGUCCCGGCGCUGCUGCGAGCUUGUCAACGCAAGUGA